UGGAAAAAGCAUGAACCAAAUAUACAUAUUUUAUAUAAGGAAUCAAAUAUACCUAUUUAUACAUAUGUAUAUUUGGAGCCGUUGGAUUGGUACUUGUAAUGGAUAACACUGUUGCCGAGGGGUAAUUUCGUCUUUCGAGGAUUUUCAUGAUAAUCUCUUCAAUCUUCAUUUUAUUCUAUAUAAAGCUUUCUUCAAACUUCAUCUUCAAUCUUCCAUAAAAAGAGAGAAAAUGGGAACAGUAAAAGACAACCACAUCUCAGUCUGCCACGUGGUGGCGCUACCCUAUCCCGGCAGAGGCCACAUCAACCCCAUGAUGAACCUCUGCAAACUCCUAUCCUCAAAGAAACCCGACAACACACUCCUCAUCACCUUCGUCGUCACCGAGGAGUGGCACGGCUUCAUCGGAUCCGACCCGAAACCUGACAACAUCCGAUUCGCCACUCUACCAAACGCCAUCCCCUCCGAGCUCGUCCGAGCAAAAGACUUUCCUGGCUUUGUGGAAGCCGUGAGCACCAAGUUGGAAGCUCCGUUUGAGCAGCUUGUGGACCGGCUCGAGCCUCCGGUGAGCGCCAUAGUUGCUGAUCCGUACGUUGUUUGGGCUGUGAGGGUCGGGAACCGGAGGAAUAUUCCGGUGGCUGCGGUUUGGCCAAUGUCGGCGUCGGUGUUCUCAUUUUUGCAUCACUUUGAGCUCCUCAAACAGAACGGACACUUCCCUCUUGAUGUGGCAGAGCGUGGAGAUGAGAUAGUAGACUAUAUCCCUGGACUUGGCACCACGUCCAUUGCAGACCUUCCCACAAUAUUCUCUGCAGACGGUCAAAAGGUCCUGGGCAGAGCCAUUGAGGCUGUUUCUGGAGUAGCAGAUAAAGCACAAUAUCUUUUGUCCACUUCAGUCUACGAGCUUGAGCCUCAAGUCUUUGACACUUUGAAAGCCAAAUUUGCUUUCCCUGUCUACCCAAUUGGCCCAAGCAUACCUCACCUUGAGCUUUCAGAAAGUCCUCCCACUGAUCACAAUGACCUCAACAAUUGGCUUGAUUCUCAACCUAAACACUCAGUAUUGUACAUCUCUCUGGGAAGCUUCCUCUCGGUUUCGAAAUCCCAAAUGGAUGAAAUUGUUGCUGGGGUGCGGAUUAGUGGUGUAAGGUUCUUGUGGGUGGCUCGUGGGGAUGCCUCUAAGUUGAAGGACGGCGUUGGUGAUAAGGGUUUGGUGGUGCCUUGGUGUGACCAAUUGAGGGUGUUAUGUCAUGAUUCCAUUGGUGGGUUUUGGUCACAUUGUGGUUGGAACUCAACUUUGGAAGCUGUUUAUGCUGGUCUUCCAGUUCUCACUUGCCCUAUAUUUUGGGAUCAAGUGCCUGAUUCUAAGCAAAUUGUGGAAGAUUGGAAGAUUGGAUACAGGGUGCUGAAGAAGAAGGUGGGGGCUGCUGAACAUGAACAUUUGGUGACCAGAGAGGAGAUUGCAGAACUUGUGCAGAGGUUUAUGGAUCUUGAAAGCAAGGAGGGGAAAGAGAUGAGGAAAAGAGCGAAACAACUUCAGGAGACUUGUCACGGAGCAAUUGCUAAAGGUGGCUCAUCUGACAAGAACCUUGAUGCUUUUAUUGAGGAUAUUUCACGAGGCCAUCACCACUAAUUAUAAGUUCAUGAUUUGUGUUGGGUUUGUGGGAAUAAUAUAAUUAUUGGAGGGAUAUCAUUUCUAAUUUCUAUUUAGUUUGGUUGAAAAAUAAAAUCAUGAUGAUUACUAUGUAAUGAAUUAUCUUUUUCAUUAUUUUCAUUUAUGGAAUCAAAUAUGUAUACCUAUUCAACAUAAAAGUUGGUGUUGUCCCAUUCA